AGAAAUUCAUGUUUUAAUUUUAAAAUUGUCUAAACACAAUUACGUUUUUUGUUCUAAAUUCAUUAAAUACUCUGACUUUCUGCUCAUAACCGAAUUGAAAUCAAAGAUGCCAUCGGCACCAAAGAAAAAGAAGCUGGCAUCAUCCACAACUGAAAAUAUAACUAAGGCAACCUUAUCAGACUUUAUUAUUGAAAUACAAAAGAAACGUGAAGAUACGGCUAAUUCUAUUUUAGAUUAUGAUUUUAACAAAAAACGAGUGCGUAUAAUAUCACAAGUACAGCUUGUACCGGAUUAUUGUGAGGGAGUUGUUUAUUGGAUGUCGAGAGACUGCAGAGUUCAGGACAAUUGGGCAUUUCUGUUCGCUCAGAAACUUGCUCUUAAAAACGAAGUUCCUCUACAUGUUUGCUUUUGUUUAAUUGAAAAAUGUUUAGACAUGUCUUUGAGACAGUUACAUUUUUUAAUAAAAGGUUUAGAAACAGUUGCAGAAGAAUGCAAGAGGUUAAAUAUAUCAUUUCAUCUAUUGAAAGGUAGUGAAUAUGAUGUACUAACACAGUGGAUAGUUGAUCAUAAGAUUGGUGCAGUAGUAUGUGAUUUCAGCCCUCUUAGAAUACCAAAGAAUGUUCUUGAACAGGUUAAAAAGAAAAUUAAAGAGGAUGUACCCCUAGUACAGGUGGAUGCACAUAACAUAAUCCCUUGUUGGAUAGCUUCAGAAAAACAGGAACUUACUGUUUGGGGAAUGAGAAAUAAAAUAAGCUCCAAGAUAGAUGAAUAUUUAACUGAGUUUCCUCCAGUAGUCAAACAUUGUUAUACAAGCAAAUUUGCUCCGAAGUCUAUAGAUUGGGACAACACAAUCAAGACAAUAGAAGUUGACAAAUCUGUUAAACCAAUAGAGUGGGCCAGUCCUGGUUAUGAUGAAGCCAUGAAGACUUUAAAGAAUUUUCUAGAAUCAAGACUUAAGAUUUUUGCCUCAAAACGAAAUGACCCAACACAAGAUGCUUUAAGCAAUUUAUCACCCUGGUUUCAUUUUGGUCAAAUUUCACACCAAAGAGUUGUGCUGUGUGUUCAAAAUUAUAAAUCAAAAUACUUGGAAAGUGUUGAUGCUUAUUUUGACGCAGCUGUUGUACGUCGAGAACUAGCGGAGAACUUCUGUUUUUAUAAUAACCAUUAUGAUAGCAUUAAAGGGGCUUAUAAUUGGGCUCAGAAGAGUUUAACUGAACAUUGGAAUGAUGAACGAACACACAAUUACACAUUAGAACAGUUGUCUGCAGCUGAAACACAUGAAGACCUGUGGAAUUCAGCUCAAAUGCAACUUGUGAAAGAGGGAAAAAUGCAUGGCUUUCUAAGACUAUACUGGGCAAAGAAGAUUCUGGAAUGGACGUCAAAUCCAGAGGAUGCGCUCAAAUUUGCAAUACACUUAAAUGAUCAUUACAGUAUAGAUGGCAGAGAUCCUAAUGGAUAUGCGGGUUGUAUGGUUGCAAUAUGUGGUCUUCUUGACAAAUGCUGCGUAGACCGGCCCGUGUUCGGUAGAGUUCGGUACAUGAACUGUAAUGGUUGUAGGCGGAAGUUUGAUGUUGAUGCCUUUGUAGAACGUUACAUAGAAAUAAAAUAACAGGUGUGGUU